AUGCGAUUAGUUUCGUCACUCACGCUGUACGAAAGUCCGGUGCACGCGCGCGCAGACUUCACACAUCCGAGUUACGCUGGACAGCCGCUGUUGCUCCUCUGUUUUAGGUCCAGCGUUUCUCCGGACGUCCGGUUUUCCAUUUUGCGCUACGAUGCAACGUUUUGUUCCUUCUGCACUGUGUCCACGCAUGUGCUGCACUUGGGGAGGCUAGCGGACUUGAGGUGGAGCGCAUUGUGCACGAAAGUCUACCCUGACCCGGACCACCGCUGCCUCAUCGUACAGGUGGACAGCGUGCACCUUGUGAUCCUCACGAACCUAGCAACGGACACACUCGUUAUCGGUGCAGCGAGCGGCGAGAAAGAAGCCGAAGCACUGGAUGGUAAGUUCUUGAUGAUAGAAAUCCAUAGGUAACAGUUUAUUUUCCGGAGUUCGUCGUUGACCAGAGAGUUAUCCAUGGAGAUGUGAUUAAGUACGAAGAGCUUACUAUGAUUUGUUACGAGCCAUUUCCCAUCACCCUCUAUAUAUUUCCAAAUUCAGCGAAAGUCGCGGACAGAAGGCAGGGUCUAGGAAAGGUUGCAGACUAUACACUUCACGAUGCAUCAUACUUGGAAGGGCGACCUCUAUUUCGGAAAAGGGCUUACGUGUUGAACAUGAGCAAGAUUAUCAGCAUGUACACGGUGGAGGACCUCUGCUUCUUGGAAUCGUAUUGAUUGCUUUGUGGCCUUCACAUGUCUUACUCCACGGUGAGUUAAUGUUGGCCCUGUUGUUUUCUGUAAGUCAACAUGAAAGAAUAGGAGGUCUAGUAGAAGUAAGUUCGACCGAAGAUCACUUGUAGCACGUUCUUUUCAACAAAAACCAGAUGAGACGAACAAUGAUACUCUUUCUGUUUCACAUCUUAAUCCGUCAGGCGUUCUUUGACACGACCCUGCAUCGCGAUCUGCGGUCGCCGUACACCUGCAACUGUCGUGGAUCUUCCAAGGUGCGCACGGUCAUCGCGCACCGCUAUUCUAUCGUUAUUUCUGCGCUCUGAGGAGACCUCGGUCCUGCAGAAGGCAAAC